UGAACAUUAUGUAGUAAAACUGGAUCGUCGUGUUAAAAAACAAUUCGGAUUUUACAUAUACUUGUUCUUGUUCUUUGAAGGAUAUUCAUAUAUUGUACGUACAAGAAGACACAUUUCGCAACUGCGGGUUAUCCGGGUGGGGGUUAUCUUAUAAUUCGUCUUAUUUUAACACAAACUUUCGCAAAUACCACAACAAGACAUGGCAAUGGGGAAGUUUGAGCAGUUUACAGAUGAACUCUUGAAUGAAGGACUGCUGACUUGUAAAAUAUGCGAAGAACUAUUAAAUCCACCAGUGAUUUUAGUGAAAGAAUUAGGUAACGUUUGCUGUCAUUGUUAUCAUAACAGUCCCAAGUUGGUAGAUCAUCAUGCAAUACAUAACACUAGCUUCGAUCACAUCCUCUCUCAAUUGACUCUGGAUUGCAAAUAUUUAGCAAAAGGUUGCAAAGUCCGUGAAUCCUAUCACCAUAUUAUUGAGCACAUUCCGCGUUGCAUAUUCCGUGAAAAGCCAUGUCUUAUGAAGGAUUCAGGGUGUGAGUGGCAGGGCAAUUAUAAAGAUUUUAUUGACCAUUUCAGUGCAGAUCACAGUGAGUUGAUUAUCAAUCAUAAUCAGAAUGUUUUUAAUGUUACACAUAAUAUUGUUGAACCCUUGACUUACAGACUACUGUAUUUGAAUAAAACAAUAUUGUUUCUGAAAAUCUCUACAGAUUUAAAGGAAAAGAAACUAUGUUAUAUGUUGUGUACAACCAAGGGAAAGGAUAAUUUACAUGAUUACACAGUAAAACACCAUUCAAUGGAACCUAAUUGCGCGUACAUAAAAUCCAAAAGCACUAUUCAGCCCUAUGAAAACAUUUACACAGAAUCAGACAAUCCAACAGCAUGGACUGUAAUGGACUUGGACGCUCUAAAGUCGGUGGUGGGUGACGGUAAAGUGAUUCAUAACACAUUCAAAAUCAAAUUCCCAAACAACAACAAUGAACUUGAAAAAAUGGCUCAAUUUUUCGAGUGUCCGGUAUGCAAAACGUUCAUGAAACCGCCGAUUUACCAAUGCCAAUCUGGACACAGUGUCUGCAACCUGUGCAGGCCAAGAUUGGACAAGUGUCCAAGUUGCAGAGCUCCAUUUGGUGCUACCAGAAACUAUUCAUUGGAAGGUAUGACUUCCAGUGUGCUCUAUCCAUGCAUUUACCAAGAUAUGGGGUGCGACGAGAAAGCGCCGGCUAGUGAUAUAACGAGGCAUGAAGUGUCUUGUUCCUACAAGCCGUGUAGAUGUCCUAUGAGUGGCUGUAACAUGAAUGGAAAUUAUGAUCUGUUAGUUAAACAUUUGUCUGAGGAGCACAAGGAUAAACUCAUUGUUGGUAACUUGGAAGGGUUUAACGAGACGUUCCGUUUGGAUCAGUCGAUUUAUGGUCAGUUUUUGGACAAACGCGUUAUGAUUUCUGACAAUAAUAUAUUCAGGAUUUCUUGUAAAAGGUCUGGGGACUAUUGUUUCUGGGCUGUUGAAGUUAUCGGAACAAAUCUGAUGGGAACAUACACUUACGAAGUCACCAUUUAUGAUGUUAGGAGACGGGAGAAGAAAUUGACCAGAUCAGAUUAUUGUCUCAUGGAAAUGCCAGAGGAGGAAUUGUUCAAAAAGUGUAUUAUGUUUCCGAACACGAUUCUUUCGUCAUAUUCGAAUAAUGGAGUUGUUAAUUCUCGUUUAUCAAUUAAAAUGACUUAGAUAAAAAUAAAACAAAUUAUAAAUUGUUUCCUUUUAA